ACGCCUCGCGAUUGGAGGGCGUCCCCAUGACGUAGUCAGGCAGGCGGGGAGGAGGCUGGUGCCUCAAAAGGUCUGGUUUACGGCGCGGUGGUGUUUAUUUUCCCGCUCGGGAGGGCGCGGCUCGCUUAAAAAAAAAAAAAAAAAAAGUAGCGUUUGGCGGUCGAGCCUUUUGGGUUUCUUUGGCCCGGUCGGUGGCUCUGCCGUUUCACCCAGUCUUUAGCGGGGGAAACGGGAUGCCGAAGCGCUCGUAUCCUUUCGGGGAUGUUGCCCCGCUCCAGCUGAAGACCCGCGUGAGGCUGAGGGAACUGAGCCAAGGCGUCAUGGGUGAGCGGUACCGGCAGGAGAUCUUCGAAAAAACAAAACAGCUCCUCUUCCAAGGUGCCCAGGCUUAUAUGGAGAGUGCCUGCGUUGGGAGCAAAGGAAAAGAAAGCCUCACCGCACACUAUCCAGAGCCACUUGCUGACCGGCUACAAGGUUGUUCUCGGCCUAGGAGUAGUGGGCAGAUGUUAAUUGGUCAGGAUGGAAAACUUCAACAGCCUAGUCCAAGCGAAACAGUACUGGCUGUAAGAGUUUCAAAGGCCUGCUCCUCAUGUGUGAGAACAGUUGAUGUCAAAGAAGCCUGCGCACAGUGUGAUCGGUACAUCUGCCCGGACUGCAGCAAACUCUGCAGUUGCUGUAACUCCAUCACUUGUUCCUUAUGUUCCAUCACAGAAUCUGAUGAUGUCGGAGAGCACGUCCUCUGCAGCGACUGCUUGGCCUUCAAGGACUGAUAUGCUUGAAUCUUAGAUGUGAUAUCUUAGGGACGGAGCAUCUCCAGAACCUGUAGAAAAGCAUAUAUUUUUAAAAAUUCGGACAUUUCUCCCACCCCACCUCCAGUGUAUGACAUAAUGGGGAUGCCUUUUUCUAAAGCAUUGUGUAUAUAUCUGUACAUUUCGUUUAAUAAAAUAAACAUUUUAUAUUUUGA